AUGAGCGAAUCGAGCGCGAAAGAUUCAAUACACGGAAAUUUGAUUUAUAUCAAUUUCGAGUUUGAACUCAAUUUUUCUCUACUUUUUCCAAUUGCACCAUUUUGUUACAUCGUUCCAACAAUUGUAGUAAUGUGGAAAAUAUUCAAAGGCUAUCAAACUCAACCCGCAAAUCUUACUAAAUUAACACUUGAUGGGCAUUUAUUCUCAUUGUUGAUGUGCUAUUUCAUAACGAAUAUUGCUUUUUUCUUUUCGGAUCUAUUUCGUUUCAACCUACCAUCUUCUGGAUUGAUCACUUCUUGGUGUGCGAAGUUGCAACCAAAUUAUUCAUUCACACUGCUUAUAUUGGUGGCCGAUUUUUUGAACUACUGUAUUUUGAUUCUCCCCUUUUUGGUUUCAAUAAUUAGACUCACCCUUCUGCGGAGUGCUUAUAACAAUGUUAAUGCGAGUGAAAAUAGAAUGGAUGCAACACAAAAGAAUUGAAAAAAUUCGCACAAAAAUUAUGAAAUGGGUGGUUUUUCCUCUUCUUGUUUUUGUUCCAUUAUUUUGUGUCAGUUUUAUGGUCCCAUCAACGGGAUACUGUAGGCAAUUGGGAAGUCCGUUUCUCUUUGGUGCAAUUGAUAUUUACUACACAGGUGGAUGGCUCGGGCUGCGCAACUCUUACUUCAUUCUUGCCCUUUCUAUAAUUUGUUGGACUUUUUCGGCGAUUCUCUCAUUUGUAAUGUCAUGUUAUUUACGGACCGGAACAAUCCAUAAUGCAUCUAGUCACACCAGAAAACUUGCGAAAAAGGCUGAAGUUUCGAUAUCCGUAACACUGAUUUCAGCAGCUGUCCCAUUUGUCACAAAUACCAUAGUUUGUGUGACAACUAUAUGGACACCAGAAUAUUUAUGUUAUUUCACAAUUCUCCGUCCAAUUGGGAAUGAUUUUGAGACAGUCAUGAUGCCAUGGAUACUUUAUUUCACUCAUCCAAUUUUUCGUGAGAGGAAUGACUACUCUGUACAGAUCCGAAGAAUAAUAUGUGCACAGAUGGUGUCCCAGAGGAGUGCUUUCUGACG